AUGGAAGAACAUACUCCGGAACUGCCUGUGUUGCUAACCUCAAGGAGCACUGGUGGUGAAACGAUGCAGGAAAUAACGCCUGUGACCCUACCAGUUACAGCUAUAAGUUUGCCUUCUCCGUAUCUUAUGAACCUCUCUGAUCCUGAACCUGUGAAUCUGAUACGCAAGCUACAGGGUACUCUCUCUCGGCUAAAACGUCAUCAAAAGUACGUAAAGAGCCUUCAGUCAGAUGUGGAGGCAGAGCUGAAUAAACAAGUUGAUUUUCUUUCCAAGGUUGUCAUGGAGGUGGAGCCCUCUGGAACUCUGCAUCCAAGUUUAUCCAUUUGGAUUAGGAACAACUUGGAAGAUGUCACCAAGAAACUGUUGGGCUUGAUGAGCAAGGUCCGUGUGCCGCGUGAUAAGCAGAAGAAGAAACCGUCACCAGAUUAUCAAGACAGCGAUGGGGGUCAUAGAGGCAUUAUUUGCUUGCCCGGCAUCCAUGAGAAUGAAGAAGAUCUCAAACGACUCCCUGUUUUUAGAUAUGUACGAGGCAAAUUCAUGAAGCUUAGUAAUGAAAUGCAGAUCUGCCUGCUGAGCUUCGCCGUGUUCCCGGAGAAUCAAGAGGUGAAUAGAACGAUGCUCAUGUAUUGGUGGAUCGGGGAGGGCAUUCUUGGAGUCCAAAGGGGCGAUCUGCCUGCUGAAUUCAAACCAGAAGAUUCUGUGAAAUACAUUCUCGAUGAGUUUUUGAUGCAAAAGUUGAUCGAGCCUGUUGCAAACAAACGCAAAGUGGAGCCAAACAGCUAUAAGAUGACACCUUUUGUGCAUUCUUCGGUGGUUCUUCUAUCAAAGGAGAUGGGACUUUUUGAUAUGUAUCGUAGAGGGGAGAAGCCAAGCAUGAGACAGUCAGAACUGAACAAAGUCUGCCUUGUGGAAGGGUCGUCAAGCCAGGCGGAAGCAAAAGACAAGAAAAUGUACAAAGCAGAACGCAUCGAGACUGUGUUCAAUGUUUCUGAGAGGUACCCGGAUUUCAUAUUCAAGUGGUUCUCAAUGGGUAAUUCGAUGAAAGUUCUUUAUCUGGGUAGGUGGGAGAGAAGCGAACGCGAGGUUGAAGUGGAUAGCCGUCGAGUUAUGAAGAAUUUGAGUUCCAUGACUAGGUUAAGGUUUCUGAGUUUUCAAGGUAUCUCAACCAUUCAAAACUUUAGCCGUUCUGCUUGCAAGCUUUCCAGGCUGAUCGUCUUAGACCUCAGGGGUUGCUAUAACCUGGAGCAACUUCCCAACGACAUAGACAAGCUCAAGGAUCUAGUCUACUUGGAUAUGACCGGCUGUGAUGCAUUAGAGAGCAUUCCAAUGAGAUUGACUAGGCUAUCGCGUUUGGAGGUUCUCAAGGGCUUUGUGGUCAGUGACGACAGUGAGAUUGCAUGUAAACUGACUACAUUGAAGCGCUUGGUGAAGCUGAGGAAGCUUAGUCUGACCAUAGACCGAGGGGACUUUGGUUUACAUGAGUUGAUAGUGGCGAUAGAAUCGUUUGAUGCCCUGGAAAGGUUGAAAGUGCGGUGGGGAAGCGGAUUUUCCCUAAGCAAGAAGCAACAAGAAAAUGAUGCAGGAAGGACCAUCGAGAAGCAGGAAGGCAUUGAAGAAAGUGUUUCCAAGAGUUUUAAGCAUCAUCUUCCUAAAAAGUUGAAGAAACUGGACCUGCAGCGUUUUCCUGAUAGUGAACUUCCGGAUUGUCUUCAGCCACAGAAUAUCCUUUCCUUGGAAAAGCUUCAUCUCGGAAGCUCUAGACGCCUCAAAAGAUUCGGCGGCUCACUACCGGAAAAGCCAACCGAAUAUUCUGUUAAGGUUCUACGUCUCACAUGCUUGCAAAAGCUAAAAGUGGAAUGGAGAGAGCUGAUGGGAACCUACUUCCCAAAAAUGGCAUUCUUUGAAACCUAUGAGUGUCCCAGAGUUACUUUCUGCCCCUUUGAUCGAGACGGAAUCUGGAGACGCGGUUCACAUUACGGCUAA